GUGAUUUUUGUGCCGGUAUGUUGGCAGCAAAAUUCUCUAACGGUUUUUGUUUUGUUCAACUUGAAUUUAAAUGCCCGUUUUCUUGUUGGUGUUCUUGUUGUUUUGAAAAAACGACUCCAGUGAUUAUUAUUCUAUUUAUUCCUAAUACGAAAAGAACAAUGGGUGGUCAAGAAAGCAAAAUUGAACAACCUUCAAAUCAGGAGGAAGACCACCAAGAGGAUUCUCAAAAUGUGAGCACGCCGUCUACUCCGAUUCUAACACCUUUGGAUCCGAGAUCACCGAGUGCUAAUAUUGCCAGAACACCUCUAGAACUAAUUCUGAGGGGUGAAACUAUUGAAAACUCGCCAAACAUAAUCGAAAAUGCAACUCAGGACACCAACGAAACUGUAAAUCUAGUCCUAGGAAUUGAUCCGCGGUCCCCAACUGUCGAAUUUAAUAGAACUCCCAUAAUUGUGGGGGCUGUCACAAAGGAGAAACAACCAAAAUUAUUGAAAAACAAAAAUUUAGAUAACGUCCGCAAGUUUGAGAUUCAAACAACACCUAAGGCAGUUGAAAAAAAAUCGAUUAUUGUUCCACCUAAACUUCUGAGCACUAGUCCAGUUUCAUUAGUUACCAAUUAUAACAAGAGAAAGUCUGUUGUGGGGCUUCUUGAAACUAAUAUUGAUUUUACAGAGACUGACUUGGACAGUGUCCAAGCUAAGGCUAACUUAAAUGCAAGCUUGCCAGUUGAGAUACCUGAAGACUUGCCCUCCAACAAGUUAAAAAGUCAAAUGGAGAAUUUACAAGUGGACUCCACAAACAACUGGAUUCCUGAUAAGUUAAACGAAGAAGCAGAACCGAAAGAACUUGAUGAAAAACUUACAGAAGAAAAAGAAAUUAAUGUCACAGCUCAAGUGAAAGAUUUUGAUAAAAAACUUACAAACUUGAUUUAUGAAGAUGAGAAUGAGGAUGACAACAAACUCACUCCGAGACUGGCUAAAGUCAGGGAAAAUAAUCGCACGCCUCUGAGUGUCAGAAAUGGUAAUGAAGUCAAUAAAAAGGCGGCAAGUAAAUUAAGAGUCAGUGAUAAACCAAGGAAGUCUGAGAGUAGAAUUCCAGUUUUAAAGGAUAAUCCGAGAAGAAUUGGCGUUCAAUGUGAAAAUACUCCUCCAAUGAACAUGCAUUCUAAAACCCCACAUUGGGAUGCAGACAAGACCUUGAUUAUUUAAUUGGUUUUGUGUUCUCACAUUUGUUCAACUUUAAUAAGAAUUGUGCUACUUUUUUGUAAGUUAUUUUACUAUUAGCUAAGUUAUGUGAAUAUUUUUAUGUCGAUUUAAACAAGUGUUACUUGAAA